UGUUUUCAUGAAACAGCUGAGUGUGAGUGGUGCGAGUCACACUGGAAACGGACCCAAGUUUCUUUACAAACGGAGGCAGGAACAAACCAAACAGUGAAAGCGGGUAAAAGCUUCACCAGCGACAGUGCGUUUGGUCACUUGCUGGCCAACGCACAGCUGCAUCUUUCACACGGAGGCAGGAGCACGGAAAGCUGCGAGUCGGUCCCACCGCCAAAUGAUGUGGCAGCGCUCAGUGAUGAAAAACAAGCGUCCACACUGAGUCGUGACGAGGUGAACACACACACACAGAGAGAGGGAGAGAGAGAGAGAGAGGGAGAGAGAGAGAGAGAGCACCGUCCCCGACGCCCACACUUCCGGACCGGACCCUAUGGAGGCAGCUGUGUCGGGAUGCAUCUGUCUCCCGGUGCUGCUUGAGAUGAGGACAAGACGUCGACGGUGAACAGGCGACGCUCGCUGCGUUACAUUAAACCUCCCCGUCCACGUCCUGAGCUGAUCCGUCUCAGCGGCUGAAUUCAGGGGGGAUCCGGGCUUUAGCCGCGCUGCCCUACUGUCUGCUGUCAAACUGUUGCUGAUUUCCACUGUAAAUGAAUCUUGUAAGGUUUAUGAACAACCGCGUUCCUCCUAACAAGAGAUACCAGCCCACAGAGUACGAGCAUGCUGCCAACUGUGCCACGCAUGCGUUAUGGAUAAUCCCCAGCCUGCUGGGCAGCUCCGUGUUGCACUUCCAGUCAGAGGACCAAUGGGAGCGGCUGUCGGCCUGGGUGUACGGGGCGGGCCUCAGCUCGCUCUUCAUCAUCUCCACUCUGUUCCACACUGUGGCCUGGAAGAAGAGCCACCUACGGUCCGUGGAGCACUGUUUCCACAUGUGUGACAGGAUUGUCAUCUACUUCUUCAUUGCUGCCUCCUACGCCCCGUGGCUGAACCUGCGCGAGUUGGGUCCCUGGGCGUGUCACAUGCGCUGGUUGGUGUGGGUCAUGGCGUCUUUUGGGACCACCUACGUCUUCUUCUUCCAUGAGAGGUAUAAGCUGAUGGAGCUGAUCUGCUAUACAGUGAUGGGGGUUUUUCCAGCCUUGGUCAUUCUCUCAAUGCCGGAGCAGUCUGGGCUGUAUGAGCUGCUUGUCGGUGGAGCCUGCUACUGCCUGGGGAUGGUCUUUUUCAAGAGUGAUGGCAUCGUCCCAUUCGCUCAUGCCAUUUGGCAUCUGUUCGUAGCUAUGGGAGCGGCCAUACACUACUACGCCAUCUGGAAGUACCUCUACGCCCAGCCGCCCAAUCAAGUCCAGACCUCCAGAUGACAUCAGCGCUGACCUCACAGGAAGUAACUCCUGUGUUAGAGCAAUUUCAAGGAGAUGAAUGGAGCUGUGUCCAUAUUAAGAGGUUGCCUCAUCUAGAAGCUACAGGAGUGUCUUCUAGGACAGUCCCGGACUGUCUAUAGCCACAGGCCAAAACUAAUGGUGCAUUCAGGUGAUCCUCGUCAACUCGUCCGCGAUUAUCACCAAGAUGUUGCCUUCAAACGACAGGCAAACCAGUCACAGACAAACUGAGGCGGGUUUGACAGGUUUGGCUGCUGAUCAACACUGUACCAGGUUAAAGAUGAAAGUCAUUUUAAUCCACCAGUAAAAAUCAUGCUUAACCACCCAGUGGCCUUUAUGAAAAAUCUUAACUGUAUAUCAAAAUUAAAUGUUUUACAACGUUCUCCCAAUCCACACAAUAGGCAAAGGAAGUAUAGUAUAAAAACACUUGCAGGGACAAACUGAAGGGUUUAAGCCUGGAUCUGAAUUUUCUUUUAAAUAACUGAGAGUUGACGCAGACCCCAAGUUUCCAGGGAACUUGCUCCAGAUACGUGUUGCAUACAAACUGGGUGCUGCUCCUCCAUGUUUAGAUUCAAUCUCUGGGGACACCAGACCUGCCCCAGAUACUGACUGAUGAAGACCAAAUCUUCGACAAGCAGGAAGCCAGCUAAAGAUUCAAUAAGCAGAAUAACGUGAUCCAGAACGGGUGCAGAAUAGCGUCGACAGGUGUGCACCUAACGGCACAGACACACUAAACUAACAUCAAGCUAGCAGCGACAAAGUCCCCCUGUGGCGUCGCCUCCGACACCACAGUCGACGGCCCGCUAUUGUGUAGACUCUGAAAUGACUCCACACCAGCAGGUGGCAGUAGUCUUUAUUCAUUAUUUAAAAAGGGAAACCAGAGGAGCUACAAACUGCCAGUCUUCAGUUCCUUUAACCCCAAAAAAACAGAGCCUUCUGUGUGUGCCUUCUUGACUUUGUCAUGUGCUUCAUUCUUGUGCUCACUUCUAGUCCUAGUUACCCUUCAAAUAAUAGUGUCAGUGGUGCAGGACAGUCGGCUAGACGCGGGCCGAUGAUUGGCCAUUUGAGUCGUGUGUCACAGCUCUUUGUUUAGUCUAAGAGUUGAAGACCUGGGCAGAAAAAAAUAUAUAUAUUUAUAAUGUGUUCACAAAACACUUCCUGCUCCUUGGAAAGCUUGUCAAAACAACAUGGGUGAGUGUGUCAAGAACUUUGGAUUUUGGCUGCGUGACAGUAGUGGUUCAUCCUCCUUUAUGUAAACUACACCACUGCAAUAUUUACAUCCUGCGUUGGUUCCUUAGUAACUGAUGCCCACCCGAAGACACCUCAUACAUAUAAUGUGAUACCUCCUGACUUCACGAGCUGACGAAGACGUUUGAAUGCACCGUUUAGCAGUUAACUGGCACGUACUGUACACAUGAGCCUUCACGGCCCCGGCGGCAUGUGGCCGCUAUCGGCGUGAACCUCAGCGGAGGCCUCCUCUGAACGUGGACACAGCUUCUUUUUAUUCCCCCUCUCCCUCCCACUUCCGUUCAUUUCAGUUUUCUGUUCCAGCGUUUUGCAGGAUUCUGGUUUCAUUCCAAUGAUCAGGGGUUAAUAGCUAUUCUUAUUACUACUUCUCUCUCUGGUGCACAUCCAAACUCAGUGUUUUGCAGCUGAAUUGAGGGCAUUGUCUUAUUGUUAAGAGGAAGACAAUGUUUACAAUUAGCUAACUUGGCUAUCGGAAUUAGUUUUAGCAACUGUUAUCAUCGUUAAUAGGAGAUGUUUUCGGUUUGAGUAUCUAUACAGUAUGAUGUUGCGACAUCAGUAAUUUACUAUUCCAGCUCAGAGCUCCGCAUAGUAUUAUUACUGUUACUGAUACUAGUUGUGCUAUCCACACUGUAGUACACUGAAUGGUUUUAAGAGACGUUGCUUCAGUCGGUGACUUACUGUGAUAUCCAAAUCAAACAUGACUGUAGAUGAUGUAUUUUACGUUGAACAUACAGAUAAGUGUGGUUAUAGUCUCAGUGCUUCCACGUUUACUGCGCUCUACACAGUAGAUUAUCAAGCAUACUUAACUGAAUUCUAAUAGUUUACUGUUGUUGACUAGGUUUAGCAAGUGAAGAUGUCAUCAGUACAAUUACUCCAGUAUUAUAAUAGACCUACAGUAUACGUUGACUUUAUCUAUAUUUUCUUCUGAUGUUCUCGUGAUCUGAUUAUCUUCAUCCUAAAUUAAUGGAAACCACUCAAUAGUUACUGAAAGCUACAUGUUUGAGACCUCGGAGGGGACCGCUGUCUGACUCAACACUGCCACAGGACUGACUUACUGCCGUAACUGAUAGCACACUACUACCAUAUAUGUCUCUCACUUGAAAGGAAACCGAAGCUAUAGUGUUGUUGAACAAUCUGGCCCAAUAUUAAGGCAUCUCAGGUGUGUGUGCGUGUGUGGGUGCGGUGUGUGUACGUGAUUGUACGCGUCCUAUCUGACUCCAUAAAUCCAAAGCCUCUUAACCGGCUGAGACUAUGUUUACAGGUGAAUGCAUGUACCUUAAACACAUUCAAAUAUACGUGUAUGUAUGUACGUACUUUUUGUCAUGACACACUGUAUGUUGGACACGCCUGUACAGUAUGAUAAAAGUGGCUAGAGGACCAAAAGGUCAAAUCACCUGGUAUUCAAAGACGUUCCUUGUAUUUUUCACCGCUGCUGUGCGUUUCUCAGGUUAUAAAGUCUGAGAGGCCACAUUCAAGGACCACUGAGCGGUACGUCGAACACUGUCUGCUAACAAGUAGCCGUGGUGGUGCUGCCUCCCUCAAUGCUCUGUGCAGCUUCACUUACAUACUCGCAUCCCCCAAGUAGGGCAGCUGCCACAAAUGUUGUCUGCAGGCUUUAUACACAGUGAAACUUCGCCAAACAAGAGGACGCUUAAGACAGAAGCUCGUUUAGAAACUGAUAAUCUUCUAAAUUUACUGCAGACUCCUCAAAUUUUGCAUCAGAUUCACUGUGAUGAACUCUUUUAAGAUGCAUGUGCCAGAUUUUUUAAUGCAUGUACUACAUGAGAAAAGGUGCAAAGUCUCCUUCAGUUCAUGGCCUGAUAUUUAGCUACAAAUCAUGAUAUUUAGCUACAAAUCAUAUAUAUACACAUAUAUAUAUAUGAAUUUGUUCCUAAUUACAACACUACUUCUUAGCAUUCGUACUCUCAGUGUUUACUUGAGCCUCUGGGAGCUGAGAGUUCACUGCUUUUAUCGCAGCCAGUAUUUUGACCACAUCCACAGGUUGAGUUGGCUGCGCACAGAUGAAGUUAAGGAUUUGUUGUGUGUCUUGUCUUGUCUUGGUAACAAUAUUUGUGUCAUUCAGACAUCCAGUGCCCACCUGGCUUUGUACAGAUCUCUGUGGUUUUAUAAACUCUCCAUGAAGCCUUUGUGCAUAUUGUUUAUAGAUGCUCUGUGACUGUGGAGCUCCUGAGUCUCUUCUCACUCCUGUUGAUGUUUUCUUUCCGGUCGUAUGAGGCCGAUUAUAUUAACCCACACUCUUUUGUGUUUCACUUUCUCUAGUUUUCAUACUGGUUAUUGUGUCUGUGGUGCUUUUUGUGCUGUGAUAAGCCGAUACGAUGCCAACACUGCUUUUAUCUUUUCUAUUUCUCUUGUAAUAAAAAAGCUUUUUUCAUGCAGUA